AUGCAUCUCUCGACAGUCUCCAUCAUCUUGGCUGCUGCCACUACAGUCUCCUCCCAGUCGGUUGUAGGCGCCGCAUACGGCUUCGCAGCCGGUGUCACUGGCGGUGGUGAUGCGCCUGCCGAGACUCCCUCCUCUGUCGAGGAAUUGGCCGCGUGGCUAUCCGACGAUACGCCUCGUACCAUUGUCAUCGACCGCGAAUAUGACUUUACUGGCCAGACGGCUACUGAUUCUGGGUGCGAUCGGAACAGCUGUUCCGCCGCUAAUGGUGGCCAGCUCUACCUCGGGACUCUGUCUUGCGGCAGCUCUGACAAUGUUCCUGUCAGCUCCAUCACCUACGAUGUGGCCGGUACAGAGCCCCUCGCUGUCGGCAGCAACAAGAGUAUCUUGGGUGCUGGCGGCAAGGCAGUCCUGAACGGCAAGGGCCUUUCCGUGUCUGCUGGUUCCAGCAAUGUCAUCAUCCAGGGCAUCGAGAUCACAAACCUCAACCCUGGCAUCGUCUGGGGCGGUGAUGGCCUUGAUCUCAAGGGCAGCAACGACGGUGUCUGGAUUGAUCACUGCAAGUUCUCCAAGAUUGGCCGCCAAUUCAUCGUCAGCCACUACGACGGCUCGCGCUUCACCAUCUCCAACAACGAGUUCGACGGCGUGACCAAGACCUCGGCCACCUGCAACGGUGACCACUACUGGACCAUGAUGCUCAUCGGAGAGGGCGACCGGGCCACCCUGGACAGAAAUUACUUUCACGACGUCUCUGGCCGCGCCCCCAAGCUCGGUGAAACUGGCACUUUCCACGCCACCAACAAUUACUUCAAGAACAUGGAUGGCCACGCUUUCGAGGCCUAUGAAGGCACUGUCGCCUUACUCGAGGGCAAUGCCUUUGAGUCGGUCAAUACCCCAUUUUCCGGCAGCGCCAUCGCCACCAUCUUCGACACCCCCGACGCAGCCGCAAGCGGUGCUUGCGAGUCGGUCCUUGGCCGUUCCUGCGCUGUCAACGCCGUUGAUGCGGACAGUGGCUCCCUGACGCCCAUGUCUUCGAGGAGCGCUCUUCAGCCAUUCUCCAGCCUGACCGAUGUUCUCGUGGUGCCUGUUGCCGCAAGCGAGGUUGCCAGCCUCGUAAGCAGCAACGCUGGCCCUGCCAACCUUGGUUCCAGCGCCGCCACGCCUGAUCCAGCCCCUGAAGCCGCAGAGCCUCCUGCUGAUGAUGAGCCUGCCGAGGAAGAGGCCGAAGCCGAGGAGCCAGCCGCGCCCUCCGCUGAAGAGGUUCCCCAGUGGCAGCAGUGCGGCGGCAACAACUGGACUGGGUCGACAAAGUGCGCCGCUGGUCUCUCGUGCGUCGCUCAUAACGAGUGGUACUCGCAGUGUCUCAGCUCGGCCGCCAGGCUCAAGGCGAGAUCCAUCCUUCGCAUCUGA